UGCAUAUAUAAAGGGCGAGAUAAAAGAUUCGGACAUGUGCCAUUCAUUGUCAUUUUUUUUUUUUAACUUGAUAAUACGACAAACCCGCCCUCCUAGCGACAAUGCUGGUAGGCUUCCUUUUCAGCGUCCACCUCUGGACGUCCCUUGCAGUCGCGGCGGGUGUAUACCACUUCCUGGUCCGCCCAAAGCCGGCUGCAGGCUUCCCCAUCUCCUCCGCGACCCCGGACGAGCUCAAGCAAGACGCGCGCCGGGUUAUUACCGAAAGCCUUGGCAAAUCCGGUGGCGCUCCCGUCAUCGUGCGGCGCGCCCACGACGCCAAGCUCCUCCUGCCCGCCUCGCUCGCCGGCUGGGUCAAGUCGAACCGGGACCUGGACCACCCGCAGCACGUCAGGGAGGAUUACUUUGCGGGCCUGCCCGGCUUCGAGGCCAACACGAUCCUGCACGGCGACGAGACGGCCAAGCGCCUGAUCGCCACCAAGCUGGGCCAGAACGACAGCAUCAUGGGGGCCAUGAGCGCCAGCCUGGGCCGCGCGCUGGACCUGCUGUGGGGUUCCGCGCAAGACUGGCACGCCAUUGACUGGAGCUCGGACACGACGGGCGUCGUCGCGCGCGCCGCCUCCUCCGUCUUUGUCGGGCCCGAGAAGUGCGACGACGCCGAGUGGCUGGGCCUGGUCCAGUCCUACGUAGACGGCUACUUCGCCUCCGUGGGCGCCCUGCACGGCUACCCCGUCUGGGCCCGGCGCAUCGCCCACCGGUUCCUGCUCCCCGGCUCCAGGGCCUGUCGCGAGAUCCUGCCCCGCGCCCGCGCCGUCAUGGACGAGGUCGCGUCCAAGAGGCGGCGAGAGGCGGAAGAGGCCGCCCGCCAGGGGAAGGAAGCACCAGCCUACAACGAUGCCAUCGAGUGGCUUCAGCGGGCCGCGGGCGAUGGGCCAGUGGACUUGGGCGGCUCGCAGCUGUCGCUGGCCAUGGCGGCGUUUUUCACCACGAGCGAAAUGAUGCGGGCCGUCCUGCUCGACAUUGCGCGCCACCCCGAGCUGGCCGAGCCCCUGAGGAGCGAGAUGUCAUCGCAAAUCAAGGCGCACGGCAUCUCGGUCGCCGCGACCAACAGCAUGGCCCUCUUGGACAGCGUGCUGAAGGAGUCGCAAAGACUGGGCAGUGGUUUGGUUGUGCUUGAGCGCGCAGCUUUGAGAGACACCCGCCUUCCCUCGGGCCAGCUUGUCCCCCGCGGUACUCAUGUCAUGGUCGACUCUACCGGCUUGUGGGACCCUGCAACCUUCCCGGACCCCGAACGAUUCGACGGGUACCGGUUUUUGCGCCGUCGUGAGCAAGAUCCCUCGUCCUCCGCAGGCGACCAGUUCGUGCAGUCCGGGCCCAACUAUCACGUAUUUGGCGGCGGCAGGUUCAUUUGCCCGGGGCGAUUCUUUGCGGCGAAUGAGCUGAAGCUUGUGCUUGCCCACAUUUUGCUAAAGUACGACGUUCGUUUGGCGGAGGGGUGUAGCAACACCCAGCCUUUGCGGCAUGGGGUGUAUGCCAUGGUAAAUCCAACAGUCAAGUUCGAAGUGAAACGGAGGAAGGACUGUGCGAUGGCGGGCGUUUUCCUUUAACUGUAAUAAGGCGAUUCGCUGUAAUCAAGUGGCCAGCACCUCAAUUUACCUGCCCAAUGUGCAAUGUGCCGUGCUGGUAAAGGCAACGCACUGGAAGGGCGCUUUGUCUGUAAUUUCCAACCCAUUUAAUCCAACCAGUCCGACACAGGAGGCGUGAGCAGCCCUUCUUCACCUACCCCCUCCUCCAGUAGAAACCGAGCCACCAUGUCAGCUGCCGCAGCCGCGUCGUCAUCGGAAUCGAUCUGCUCCAG